UUGAAUGCGUAAUCCAAUCUGCUGCGCGCAUGACAGAGAAGUAAAAAUCGAGUAGGCCUAUUCCCAUCCGCUGAUGACGACCCAGCAUUUUUACACCUAGACUCUCGGCCCUUUUAGUCUGCCCCGACUACUACACCUCGUAAGAUGGACGAACUCUAUUCACCUCCCUCGGUCAACGACACCCUCUGGAAGACAUUCGACGUGCCCAUCAUGAGGCAGAACGUCAGCGUAGCUCAGGAGCGCUUCCGUAUGUUGGUGGUCGUCGUUGGAUUGUUUCUGAAUACCCUCGUCGUUCUGGUGGUGAGCGGAUCGCGACAAUUGCGCUACCCGCGUCACGUCUUCUGGGCCGCCAUUUCUCUGUUCGAGUGUCUCUUCUUGGCCGAGUGCGUCCUCGAACUGGCCGUCAUCGUCUAUAAAAACCAAUCGGCCUGCCGGAUGUUCGUCCUGUUAGCUUCCGUCGACUACUCCAUCCUGUUGGUCUGCCUGUCGCUGGCCGCAUUCGAUCGCUACUUGUCCAUCGUUCGCUACGAAUGGUACAAGAAAAGCGUCACCGUUCGCGGAGUGGUUUGGUUGCUCUCCCUGGCCUCGCUCCUGACGUUCGUCAUUGUCACCGGCCCGUUUUGGACCGGCUAUCUCUCCAUCCACACCUGCACCGUCAAUUUGGCUCACGUCUACUAUGUUUUCGCCUGGGACUUGUGCCUGGGCAUUCUCUGCGUCAUUCUCCACUUCAAAAUCUUCGUCGAGUCCAAGAAUCUCAUCCGACAGUACAAGUCGAGCUACCGCCGGGAGCCCAUGACUGUCAGGUUCAUCAACCACUCAACGAUUAGAGCAUCCAUCACGGAUCUGGCUGAAGGACCGACUUUGACGAUGGACGACACUUCGCAUUCGGCCAAAAGAGUUUUCGUCGAUUACGCUGGAAAUAAUUCAUCAGUAGCUGUCAGAAAUAAAAACACCGGUGGUCCAAUCGCUUCAUUCGCCGCCCAAGAAAAUAUCGAUUCGACCGAAUGUUUUCCUUGGACGAUUCAACGGCAUCACUCCAAUAACGUCAACCGUCUAGAAGUGCGGGCGGCCCUUAGCAUGUCCGUCAACGUCCUGCCGUUUUGGCUGUGCACAUUUCCAGUUUCUGUUCACGCGAUCGCCAUGUACUGGUGCAUCCGCCUGGAGGGUGAUUGUGCGGUCGUUCUGAGUGUCGGGUCUUUUGUCCGCGAUUUCUUCCUGUUUCAUUCCAUUUAUAAUCCGAUCAUGUACAUGUCGACCAGCAGCGAAUUCAGACGCUCCCUCCUCCACAUUGCCUGGAAAUUGAAAAACAAGUUAUUCGUUCUCCUUCACAGCAUCAGAUGAUGAUGAAGUCGACGUUCCUAAUUAUAAAUGUGCUCACCAUUCAUCACUGC